AUGAACAGGGAUAACUCUAUAGAGAAACUUAUUCUAUCGCGAUGUUCCAAAUACAAUGAUGACGGACAGAUUAUGAAGGUUCUUGAAGAGAGAUACUCUUUGACCGGAGCCCAGAAGAACUUUUUGGUACUCGAACCUACAGAUGGAGGUGUCACUAGAGAGGAAAUUAAUCACUCAUCUAGUAAGAAAAGACGACAACAGAACAGCCUGCCGAGUAUUAUGCACUCGUUACAGAAUUCUCAGAACUCUGAAAAGGUAGAGAAACGCCCUGCCAAUAAGCAUAAUCCACUCAAAACGAAGAACGAGUUCAAGAGAUUCAUGAAAUCUAAUCUUGCACUUCAGGCGAAGAUAAUGAGGAAGCUUAAAUUAAUAUUGAAGAAGAAUCCACAUUAUCUUGAUAAAGUGAAAGAUUUGGCAUCGUUAAACCUGUGCAAUAAGAUACUAAAGUUUGAAGACUUUAUUGAGAUAAAUAGGUUAUGGAACAGUUACAUCAAGGAAACCAUUGGUAGUACCGAGAACAUUAUGAAUAUUUCCACAAAGCUCUCAAUGUGUGAGUUUAUUGGUGCUUAUAUAGAGGUGACACACAGUGGAUGUGUAGAUAACGUGGGCAAGUGCGGUAUAGUCAUAUGGGAAUCACAGCAUAAUUUCGUCAUAGUGGUGCCCAGAAAGGACGGCUGGAAGAAUAAGAUCAGCCUUAUUGAACCCAAAUAUUCGUUGAGUGAAAAGAUAGGUGGAAUCAGAUUGAUUAAUAAACAAGACACCAGAUUCAAGGUGACUGUAAACUUGCAGGAUAAUCUGACUGUGGAUUACGAAAUCAUAGGUGAUAGAUUGAUGAUUAGAAGCAUCGAUAGAGCUAACAAGAAAUUUAAGAGCCACAAUGUCAGGGACAUCAGAUUAUAG